AUAAAAAACUCCAAAAUUUUCAUUUAUGAUUUAAAUACCAAUAUUAAUAAUAAAUCCCUCGCUAACCAAUAUACGCGCCGUCUCACGCGCCCCGCCGGGAUCCGAAGCGUUGAUAGGAUGGAAGAGCCUAAGCCAGCGGAGACGGAGAAGAAGCUUCAAAACCCGAUUCAAGAUCAGCACCCAAUCCCCGAUCCCAAAGACUCAGGUCAUGCUCCGAACGGCGACGGGGGCUGGGCAAGUGUAGAGAUGGGAUCGGAAUCUCAGCAUCAAGCUCCGCCUCCUACUGAAAACCAAGCCGAUCCAUCGACGAAUCGCUCUCCAACCGGGUCGAAGAAAUCGGUCAGGUGGAGCCCCGAAUUGGUGUCCGAAUCUACUUACACCAAUAGCGCCGCGACUUCUCCUGACCGAUCCAAUCCCUAUGUCGCUUCUUCCCCUGCUCCUCCUUCGUCUUCUUCCUUAUCUUUCAAAGAUUCGGUUGCGUCAGUGAAAAAUGUUCUGGGGAGAUGGGGAAAGUCAGUGGGGGAAGCGACGAAGAAGGCUGAGGAUUUUGCUGGAAACACAUGGCAGCACUUGAAAACGGGCCCUAGUUUUGCUGAUGCUGCCAUGGGAAGAAUUGCCCAAGGAACAAAGGUCUUAGCCGAAGGCGGUUAUGAGAAGAUCUUUAGACAAACAUUUGAGACAGUUCCCGAGGAGCAACUUCAAAAUUCUUUUGCAUGUUACCUAUCCACAUCAGCAGGUCCAGUUAUGGGUGUUUUAUAUGUAUCUACAGCAAAGCUUGCAUAUUGUAGCGAUAAUCCUCUGUCAUAUAAAAAUGGUGACAAAACUGAAUGGAGCUAUUAUAAGGUGGUUAUCCCAUUACACCAGCUUAAAGCAGUGAAUCCAUCGUCAAGCAGAUCCAACACCUCUGAAAAAUAUAUCCAGGUUAUCUCCAUUGAUAACCAUGAAUUUUGGUUCAUGGGCUUCCUAAACUACAGUGGGGCAGUCAAAGUCCUACAAGAUGCUCAAGAAGGCCGCACUUUACAAUCUGCUUGAUAAAACAAACUGUCUUAUGGUGAAGUUUCUCACUCAUAUUUGUAUCCCUUGUUGUAACUCCUGAAGUUAUAUACUAUAUAGCUUCAAUAAAUUCUUAUCAAGUAAUUUAAUAGUUUACUGAUCGGAUUUUUGGGUGGACCAAGUUUUGAAUAGUAACUUUCUUCUCAUUCUAUGUAUUGGGCUUUGCAUGUGGCAACUUUCAUGAAAACAUGAACUGGGGAUCUAGUCAUUUUGCAGAACCAGUAGUGGUGACUCUUUUCUGGUGAUGACGGCGCUAUUUCAACGAAUGGGGUUUUUGUGGCUUGGAAUAUCUUUUAUUCUUACCUCUUUUACUAUUGUAAUAAUUUAUUUGAAGUCGUUUACUGAAGUCUUGAAAAAAGAUAAUGUAUGCACAUUAGUCACAUUUUAGUCAGAUUUUUAUUUAAUUAUUUUUUCUUAAA